AUGCAACAGCUGUAUCAUCCGAUGGCGUAUCGUAACGAGCUAUAUGAUCGCACUGCCGGCUAUGAUGUUCCACGUGGUCGACCAGCUCCAAACUAUUACCAGAAUCAGCCUUCUGGUGGGACUUCCAAUGGACGAUAUCCCAAUCUUCAUCUGGACCUAAACCGUGUUCGCUAUCCAUCAGGGUCCACCUCACAGCAGCAGCAACAACGGACACCACGCCAGCGUAGUUUCGACGACACGGAAUCGUACCAUUACUAUCGAUGUCAAAAUCAAUCCAACGGAAUAGCGAAGUACGACAACUUGUACGAGCGCGUAAGAGAGGAACCGGCCUACCAGAAUACGGGAUCCUUUGCACCGGCUGCCAACCGUGCCGCGGGCCUUUUCGGGCGGUUCGAUGUGAUUGGGCAUGGUGUUGGACGUAUCGAGCGCCAUUUAAGCUCAUCCUGUGGAAACAUUGAUCACUACAGUCUCGGCGGACAUUACGCCGUGCUCGGACACAGCCAUCUCGGAACGAUGGGUCACAUCCGACUUAAUCAGACAAACAGCAGCGGAUCGAACGGUGUAGCUGGUGCAGCAAACGGUCCGCACUGCACGAAUGGUACCACGGUUCCACAACCAAACCCAACCAAGGAUUCAUCGUCGGUGAAUGUGAAGAGUUUCUUCAGCUGUCUCGGUGGAGAGAACUCACAAUCGAUGAACAAUCUGAACAAAUCAUCCACAUCGAAUGGAACGGCGGUUGGUGGAGUGUCUGCAACCAAUGGAAAUGAUAGUACAUUGCCCGUGCCUGGAUCGGCAGGAUCAUCAAGUGCAGGAGGAGGAAAUGGUGGGGGACAAGGUAGUAGCAUUAUGGGUGGCUUGGCGAGUGCUGCCGCUGUUGGUGUGAAUGGUACCGGGUCGGGUAGUACAAUGGGAGGCAAAUCAACUGGCGCGAUACCGAAGAUAAGCCGAAAAUCGAAACAAUCACAGCAAGUUCCACCGGAUCCGGUUGGCAAUGUACCGGCGCCACCGUCGCUCGUUGUCGGAAAUGGUUUGCCUCAAUCUGAUGUUUCCCUUGGGACAGGAGAUCCAACGUACUCGAAUGCAUGUGGAGGUCGGGUUACAAAGCCCUCGCUGCAGUGGUUACUGGUGAACAAGUGGCUUCCUCUAUGGGUCGGACAAACGCCUCCAGAUUACAAGUUCAUCGAUUUUAACUUCAUGUUUUCACGAAACUGUGACGGUUGUGCGUCAGCAGGUGGAUCACAUGGGCAGCAACAGCAGCAGCAAGAGCUCGUACGGUAUGGGACGAUCGAUCAAGCCGAUUAUAUUCCACCGGCCCGGGAGUAUCCCACCAUGACCGGAAGUUACCCGAGAGUGCUUCGCAAUACACCCCAGCUGGCUCGUUUGCGUGAACAUGAGUAUGAGAAUGUACCGCUGAAUGAUCCGCCCACACGUGGGACACGUGGCAUUUCUGCCCUUCAACCAGCGCGAGCCCGCUCGGAAAGUCCCAGUCGUUCUGGAGCUGAUCCAUUACUGCGUACCUGGGCAUUCAAUUUCGAAAACAAUACUUUCCGUCCAGCGCGUAGUCCGGCGCUAACGACAGGAUCCUCCAGUUUUACUAUAAACCGUGAUAAACCGCGUGCUGUUCGUCGAAUUACGGAUGGAACGUUCGGCGUACGAGAUAUACAACAAACAGACACAGAAAAACCCGGACCGAGUGGAUUGGCAGGAAAGUUUGUCGGCAUGAAGCAGACAGAACCGGACAAAGAGGAUGGUCGCCUUUCGUCGGCGUCUUCGUCGUCGGAUUCGGAUAACUUUGCCAUCGAAUCGCUUGCCGCGGAAUCCGGCGGGCAACCGGAAGAAGAGGAGGAUGAGGAUGGUAGCACCCGGUCGGCGGAUAUUCGUCCGGAUGGUGGACCUGUGGGCAAUUCUACCGAAAAGGAACAGGUCGGUUCCUCCUCGAACGAUACAUCCGAUUCGUUAAACUAUGACGGGCCGGAAACUGCCGAUCGAUCACUUUCGGAGGAUGAAGUUGAGCUGGCAGUUGUUUGCGCUGUCAACGUGGACGGGAGCGAACGACCGGACCCGACGGUGUCGGAAUAA